GAAGUGAGAACAAAUUCGUUGCCCUGCUCCUUUUCCGAGAACGAGUUCGGGUUGUUUGAUACCAGCUGAAGUAAAAACAAUCGAAAAUCUACAGUGAAAUUCAUUCGGUGACUUGCUCUAAGUAAAGGAGGCACAAUAACAAUGCUUGAAUGAAGGCUGCCAUGGAGAGCAAUUCUCCUCGCUCAGUCUUGGUCAUCUCCAGUUAUUAUGAAUCCAAGCUACUCCUCGGCUCGCUGUGAGGGCCAGUCACAUGCAGACAACCUAAUGGACGACUGGCUCUUCCUCUCCUCUGAAUCUGCCGGGCCUCAGGUCCUAGAAGUGAGCAGGGAUGACCAGGAGGCAGAGGAGAGAAGCAGACUCAGAUCCAAGUUGGUGUCCGCAUGGAACAGUGUCAGAUAUGGUUGGUCCUUGAAGCAGAAAUCCAGAUUCAGCAAGAGCUCUCCUGUGAUCAUGCUUGGAAAAUCCUAUGAGCUCAAGGAUCAAGGGGAAAGAGAGCGUUUCCGUCGUACCUUUGUGUCUCUCCUGUGGUUGACGUACAGACGGGGGUUCCCUCCGCUGCCCAGCUGCUCUCUGACCACCGACAGUGGCUGGGGCUGUGUUCUACGUACGGGGCAGAUGCUGCUGGCACAAGGCCUCCUCCUACACCUGAUGCCACCAGGUUGGACCUGGUCUGUGAGCCACCAUGUGGUCAUGGAUGACAUGGAGCUAGAGAUUCGUCCUGCAGACAGUGGACAGAGUUUCAAGGAAGGGCCUAAUAAGAGGGGUCGAAAACUGAGCUUGGGUUCCCUCCUGGACAGACCCAUGGAGGCUACACACAGAAGGGUGGUAUCAUGGUUUGCAGACCAACCCACAGCCCCCUUUGGGAUACACCAGCUGGUGGAAUUGGGCAGAAGCUCAGGGAAGAAAGCUGGGGACUGGUACGGUCCUUCCAUUGCGGCACAUAUCCUCCAGAAAGCUGUGGCAGCAUCUGCAGACCUUCCCAAUCUAGUUGUGUAUGUUGCACAAGAUUGCACCAUCUACUUGGAGGAUGUGAAGAGGUUGUGUGAGAGGCCUCUCCCUCAGUCCUGGAAGUCUGUCAUCAUCCUGGUUCCUGUACGACUUGGAGGACAAGAUCUCAAUCCUGCCUACAUUACCUGUGUCAAAAAACUCUUGACAUUACAAUGCUGCAUCGGAAUAAUUGGGGGCAAACCGAAGCACUCUUUGUUUUUCGUCGGCUUCCAAGAUGACCAUCUGCUGUACUUGGACCCUCACUACUGUCAGUCCACAGUGGAUAUAACAAAGGAGAACUUUCCCUUGGAGUCGUUUCACUGUAAAUAUCCCAGGAAAAUGGCUGUCUCUCGCAUGGACCCCAGCUGUACCAUAGGAUUCUAUGCUAGAGGUCAAAAAGACUUUGAAUCAUUGUGCACAGUUGUAAAUGAGGCCCUCUUCACAUCUGCAGAGACAUACCCCAUGUUUAUAUUUGCAGAGGGACAUAGUCAGGACGAGGAGCAAAGUAAUACACCCAUAAACAACAUUACCUAUAUCCAGAGGAACAACGAACGGAGAAGAGUCAACACUAGCAACAGCAUGGACGAGUUUGUUCUAUUAUGAAAAGAAGAAGAUAAAAAUCUGCCUUGAGGGGCGAUCAAUGAUCAAUUAUCACCGUUUUAUGUUACAGUUACACUGUGGCAACUACUGAUGGUAAGAACAGUGUCCUCAACGUCCAUAAGCAAUAACCUCAAGGGCCUCGUUGAAAGGUUUUGUGAAAUGAAGUGGUUAGGUAUCAUUAAUAAUGUUUUGUGCUUAUUUGUAUUAUUUAUAUAGUGUUUUAAGAGGAGAACAUUUAAAUUAAUAUCAUUCAGCUGAAGGACCUUGUAAGAUGAAGUAUGGUUUCUGUUGUUUGUCAUCUCAGCCUAUUUGUGUUUAUCCAUAAAAUCCACGUGGUCAUGUUCUUUUUAGUUAAUCUAUUCAAAUGAAUAAAAAUAUAAGAAUAAUGUCUCCCAGAGACAACUUUAUGCAAGUGUUGUUAUGAAAUACACAGCCUGCUACUGUUUAAUGUCAUGUGAAAGGAUGUGUUGCCUUGAAUAGAUAAGAAAAUUGUACUGUUAAAAUGUAACUUGCACAUGAAUAACACUGAAAGAAGAUUACUUUACUGGAGAAUUAGUCAAAUAUUGUGAAUGUACUCUGACAAGAAAAGGACAAUUUACUGAAAAUAUUCUUAUGA